AUGAAGCUUCUCCUGGUCUUCUUGCUGGCCGCCAUCCCCAUUUGCUGCUAUGCCAGUUCUAAUUGCCAUGCAAUGGAUAACGUCGUUGCACAGACUAUUAACUCAUCAGUGUCUGUGGCUGAGUAUCAGGGCGUGGUUAAGUCAUACGCAUUUCUUCCUUAUGACAGAAAGGCUGUGGCCAAAUUGAAACAAUGUUUCCUGGACCAGUCUGAGGAGACGCUGGCCAAUGUUAAAGUGAUGAUGGAAAUCAUCUAU